CGUACAAACAGAAGCAGAAGCGGAAAGCACAAGCAAGGGACAAAGAUGAAGCCAGAGACGGCGACUCUUGUUCUGGUGAACCUGGCAGGAAUAAUGGAAAGAGCCGACGAGUCUCUGCUACCUGGCGUAUACAAGGAAGUGGGUGCGGCUCUGCACACUGAUCCAACUGGGCUCGGGUCCCUGACUCUGCUCAGGUCCAUCGUCCAGUCCGCUUGUUACCCAAUUGCCGCUUACCUAGCGGUACGACAUAACAGAGCACACGUGAUCGCGCUCGGCGCCUUUCUCUGGGCAGCUGCCACCUUCCUUGUUGCCUUCUCCUCCUCUUUCCUUCAGGUGGCUAUAUCUAGAGCUCUGAAUGGUGUUGGCCUUGCGUUAGUUGCACCUGCAAUCCAGUCACUUGUUGCUGACUCAACUGAUGAUGGAAAUCGUGGCAUGGCUUUUGGAUGGUUGCAACUAACUGCCAACCUUGGUUCAAUUAUCGGUGGACUCCUUUCUAUACUGAUGGCUCCAGUAACAUUCAUGGGCAUCCCUGGUUGGAGAUUAUCCUUCCAUCUUGUUGCACUAAUCAGUGUAAUAGUUGGUAUUUUAGUCCGCUGCUUUGCCAAUGAUCCACAUUUUACAGAUAGUGGAAAGAAAGCUAUUAAUCAAGUUCCAAACAAGUCAUUCUGUUCAGACCUGAAGGACCUAAUUCAGGAAUCCAAAUCAGUUAUAAGUCUUCUAUCUUUCCAGAUAAUUGUGGCUCAGGGUGUCACGGGUUCUUUCCCUUGGUCAGCUUUGUCAUUUGCACCCAUGUGGUUGGAGCUAAUUGGCUUCUCCCAUGGAAAAACUGCUUUCCUUAUCGGAAUGUUUGUGAUUGCCGCUUCCCUUGGAGGCCUAUUUGGUGGUAGAAUGGGG